AAUAAUAAAAACAACAACAAUAAUAUCUUCAAAGAAAGAUACAGAAACAAAAAUAAAGAUAGAUAGAUACAGUCGUCCUCUUAACUGACAUUUAGCAAGAAGAAGAAAAAUCGAUUGAAGAUGGGCGUUGAUUACUACAAGAUUCUUCAAGUGGAUCGGAGUGCCAAAGAUGAUGAUCUCAAGAAAGCUUAUCGAAAGCUUGCUAUGAAGUGGCAUCCUGAUAAGAACCCCAACAACAAGAAAGAUGCUGAAGCUAAAUUCAAAACCAUUUCUGAAGCUUAUGAUGUUUUGAGUGAUCCCCAAAAAAGAGCUGUAUAUGACCAGUAUGGUGAAGAAGGUUUGAAGGGUCAGGUGCCUCCACCGGGUGCUGGGGGCUUUUCAAGUGCUAGUUCUGAUGGGGCUAAUGGCUAUCGCUUUAAUCCUCGUAGUGCUGAUGAUAUCUUCUCUGAGUUUUUCGGGUUUGCCAGCCCGUUUGGUGGAAUGGGAGAUAUGGGAGGGGCUCGAGGCGGUGGUCCGGGGUUUCAGAGGAGUAUGUUUGGGGAUGAUAUAUUUGCUUCUUUUAGGAAUAGUGCUGGAGAGGGUUCUGCCAGUAUGCCACCGCGGAAAGGGGUGGCUAUAGAGCGCACGUUACCUUGUAGUCUAGAGGAUUUGUACAAGGGUACUACUAAGAAGAUGAAAAUUUCAAGGGAUGCUACCGAUGCUGCUGGGAGACCAACUACAAUGGAGGAAAUCCUGACAAUUGAGAUCAAGCCUGGUUGGAAGAAAGGAACAAAAAUCACUUUUCCAGAAAAAGGGAAUGAGCAACGCGGUGUUAUACCUUCCGACCUUGUCUUCAUCAUUGAUGAAAAGCCCCACAACGUCUUCAAGAGGGAUGGCAAUGAUCUCAUUGUCACCCAAAAGAUCUCUCUGGCAGAAGCAUUGACAGGUUACACUGCACAGGUUACCACCCUUGAUGGCCGUAUCCUAACGACACCCAUUAGUUCUGUCAUUAGUCCAACCCAUGAAGAAGUUAUCAAAGGGGAAGGGAUGCCCAUCCCCAAAGAACCUACGAGAAAAGGGAACAUGCGAAUCAAGUUCAACAUCAAGUUCCCUACAAGGCUGACAGCGGAGCAGAAAACUGGAAUCAAGCGGUUAUUGACUUCUUGAUGACUCAUGUAAAGCUCCCAGAAAACUCAUGUAUGCUAGAGUUUAUCUCUUUUUUUUUUUAAUUUAUUUUUUUCUUUAUUUUUAUAUUUUGGGCACCUUCUGCAGAGGAAGUUACUGUGCUGGUACAUCUUGAAUUCCUUAUCUAGGUUCUUGACAUUAACUUUUCAGUUUUAUACGUUGUUGUGCUUGCAUUGUUGUUUGAGCUUUUAUUUUUAUUUUAGAGUGAGAUUUUGAA